AUUAUAACCUUUUAUCGUUUUAAAAAAGUUUGACAGAUUUGUCCGAAAACCCAACAGCCAUGUCUGGAAAAGUAAGUCUGCACUAUUUCAACGGGAGAGGGAAAAUGGAGUCAAUCCGUUGGCUUCUGACAGUUGCAGAAGUGGAGUUUGAUGAGUUUCACCUGACAACCAGAGAUCAGUACCAGAAGCUUCUGGAUGGUGAGUUGGUUUUCAGAGACAUUCUCAACUUGUGUCAAGCCAGCCUCCAGUUUAUUGCCGGUUCCCCGUCUAUUCAAAGUAUUACGGGAAGGGAUGUGGAAACCGGAUUUCAAAAUAAAACUAAAUUUCGAGUCAAUUAACAGAUUUUUUAAGAA